AGCCGCUGCUGCGUGGCUGGCCGCUGGCCGCUGUCUUUCCUCAUCAUCGCGCCUUCAAUGACUUGUACCGACUCGGAAUUCUUCACCCACCUCUCUCCCUCCGCCGCCUCUCUCCCGCAAACUCAAUGCCGUUGAUGUGAUUCACCAGGAAACGGGAUCCUCUUCCUGACUAACUAACUUGGAGCUUAUUAUCGGAGUGUUUGGGAGCAUCAUGUGGAGGAAGGCUUCAGCAGCGGCCCUGCUGGCAUUAGCUGUUGGCUAUUUCUACCAUAGCAGCCCAGACCUGCCAGAGCAGAUUCUGCAGUAUAUCAGCCUUCCAAACUUUCAGUCAUCAUCUCAGAGCCAGAACAGCCUCGAGCAGGUGAUCUCUGCUGCCUGGGAGAAUCUGAUAACUCUGCCGACCCGGCAGUGGAGCAAAGUGGCAGUAGGGGUGAAUGCCUGUGUCGAUGUGGUCGUGUCAGGGGUUGGACUGCUGCAGGCUCUGGCCGUGGAUCCUGGCACAGGCCUGGAUCACGAAGUUUUGCACUCCAAAGAGGACUUGAAGGAAGCCUUCAUCCAUUAUAUGGGGCGUGGAGCAGCUGCAGAGCGCUUCUUCAGCGACAAGGAAGUCUUUCAGAGGAUUGCACGUGCAGCAGCAGAGUACCCCGGUGCGAAGCUGUAUGUGGGAGGUAACGCUGCCCUCAUUGGUCAGAAGCUUGCCACCUACCCUGAUCUGAUGGUUUUGUUAUGUGGACCUGUUGGUCCUAAACUUCAUGAGAUGCUGGAUGAGCAGAUAGUUGUUCCCCCAGACUCUCUGCAGGAGACGGAUGAAUUUCACCUCAUCCUGGAGUAUAAAGCAGGUGAACAGUGGGGUUCAACUCAGGCACCUCAAGCCAACCGCUUCAUCUUCUCUCAUGACGUGUCUAACGGGGAGAUGAGCUCGCUGGAGACGUUUGUAGCAAGUCUGGAGGACUUUCAGCCUGACCUGGUCGUCCUGUCUGGGCUCCACAUGAUGGAGGGUCAGGGCAGACAGCUGUGGGAGGAGCGACUGAAAGAGGCUGUGUCAGCCAUAUCUGACAUUCGUAAAGAUAUUCCCAUCCACCUGGAGCUGGCCAGCAUGACCGACAAAGACUACAUGAACAGCAUCAUGCAGGAGCAGGUUUUGCCCAUAGUCAGCUCCAUUGGGCUGAACGAGCAAGAGCUGCUCUUCCUCUCUCAGGCUGGUGGCGGACCUCAUGCAGACCUGGCUGCCUGGAAGGGCAUUCCAGAUGUGGCCCGAGUCAGCGACAUCCUCCUCUGGAUCCUGGAGCAGCACGGGCGUAGCGACCCAUCAUCUGAAGCGGAACUAACUCGUAUUCACUUCCACACACUGGCCUACCACAUCCUGGCUACAGUGGACGGAUACUGGGGGAACCAGGCAUCAGCAGUGAUGGCUGGAGCCCGAGUGGCCAGCAGUCAGGCCUGUGGUCUUGAGUCUGUUGACGUUAGCAAAGUGGAGCUCAAAGCCCCACUAGAGUUUCACAGCUCACACAGCGAGCCGCGAGAGAAGCUGUCCCUAAACCCAGCAGAGCCUGCUGCUGUGUGGCGCAGAGGAAACGUCACCUUCCACCUGACGCCGGUGCUGGUCUGCAAACAGCCACUUCGGACAGUAGGGCUUGGCGAUGCCAUCUCAGCAGAGGGACUAGUUUACUCAGAGUUGAAGACUCAGCAGCCCUUCUGAGGUUUGCUAGAAGCUGACACUCCAUUUGUCUGGAAAACGUGUUUCUAAACUUGUUCAGAACCUCGGUGUCCUGAAUCAGGUUCUGUGUCUUCCUUCCUGAAGCUCCACUGAGUUUAGUAAUGUGAUCGAUGGUGAUAGUUUUAAAAUUUUGCCUGAUGACUCCUCCAGCCUGCUCCGGCCCUCUCUGUUCUCCCUCCUCUAAUCUUCCAGCAGACACAGAAACUGAGGCAGAGCUUUACAGAAGUGGACCGGGCUGUGAGGUGGCCAGACUCUAUGCACUGUGUGCAGCUCAAAGCCAUCUUCACAAACUCCAAAGAGUUUUGUUCACCAGGCUCACCUAAUUUACUUUGACCUGCCUAUCUUCAGUAUGCUGUGCCUUGAGAAACGAAAUUAGAAAUUUUUAUUAUUAAAUAUCUUAUUCAUAUUUCAGAGCAAAACUAAAACAAGCUUAAGCAUCACAUCAGUUACCCUUCUCAGAUAGCUAUAUGUGCACACACAUAAACAAUUGUGUUUGACUGGAAACUGAUGAGCGUCUUACUAUAUGGUCGAAUCUAAGUGGUAUUCUUGAUAUUCUGUGUUUCUUAAACUUUUUGUAUAUUCACGUCAAAUAUUUACUAGAUCACUGAAACCUCAUUCUCCCAUGGAUAUCUUGACUUCUUUACGUGUAAUAACUGUUAUCGAUAUACUUGACAUUUUUGUUAUUUGUCCUGAGAGGAUCAAAAUACUAGCAAAUGUGACAAAGUGUGUGUUUUUUCAGUUUUUUGGUCUAAACACUCCCACUAUAAAGAUGUUUGGAAACUACGUGGCACAAAACAGUUGUUAUAGAGUUAUCAUAAUCUCUGUUGGCUGCUCUACGUUAUAAGUUCCUGAUCCAGCGUCUGUAUACAUUUUUGAUCAAAUAAUGAAAUGUUACGCUUAUAAAUGCAAAAUUAAAUGUGGUUUAGAAGGUGAUCUUUUAUUUAUGCAGUAAAGCUCAGUUUACACUCAGAUGCCAGCUUGUUCACCUAAAGGUUCCAUUUGCAAUUAAAUGUAAAAUAUAAUUCCAAAAAGAGGCAUAGGACAUAUGUUAUCAGGGUUACUGUACUUGUUUGUUUACUUUGUACAGCAUUUCAGUUCCUGCUUUUCCUCACUUAUAAAAUGUGAGUAUGUAACAUGAUCGGCUAGAAACCCUUAAAACUGGCCAGUGUAACAUACUGUAAGAAAAGCUUCCUGAUUUAAAUUCUAGCAUAAAAGUACAUUAUGCUUUUUCAUGGGUUCGUUGUUUUUAGCUUGCUUGGGAACGCCCACAUCAUGUUAGAUGUAUAGUAUGAAACUGUCAGAACAAUGUAUUUGUAUACCUCACAUGGCUACUGAAGGCAUGCGAUAAUGGAGUCUUAAUGGAAACGUACAACAACAAAGAUGUAUGGCAUUUUAUUUAGCAGAAUUAAUUCUUUGCACUACUAGGAAGUGGCAGGUGUACCUGCAAAGGUGAAUGUAACCUUAACUCCGAACCCCCCUUUUAUUUUUUAGCAAUGACAAUCUAUUCAAUUUUCCUCAUUUCAUAGUCUCAUGUUUUUAACAUUUGUAACUGUCAACAAGUUUCAUUUACUUGUAGUUUGUCAUUAAAAUAUGUACGAGAGUAGUG